AUGUUUGAUUCUGCCUUGGCGACCCACGUUUCAGCUUCUUACCUCAUUACACCCGGUACAAUAACAAAUAUGGACAUACCUGAUGAAAAUAUAAUCGAUACCAUCAAAACCAAUGAUAGCAACGAUCACGAGAUUUUGGAAGUCAAGCUCGACUUGUCACGCAUUCAUUUACAGGCCAAGAGAGUGAACCACGUGGGGGCUUGGAUUUUGAUGCAUUUUGAACAUGCCCGUGAAGGAAGAUGUGGAGCACGUCAUGUUGGAAAGCUCAAUGGAAAUAACAAACCGAUAGUACGUAAACAUAUCGUGCCACUGGAAACAAAAAGAACCCUAAGGUCCAGUAAAAGAACCCUAAGGUCCAGUAAAAGGGUCCACAAGUCUGGUAAAAAAGUUUUGAAUAAAUCCUAG